AUGACAUCCUUUGAACGGUUAUGUCGACCUGCCGCUGCGUUGGCCGUGCUGCACGGCCUACUGGUGGACAUCAUCCACCAUAAGGACCAGGACACCGUUGACAAGCUGCACCCUCUGCCUUCAAUUUUAAACCAGAUCACAGAGUCGCUGGGUCCUGAAGCCCCCCGGAUCCUGGUUAACAGCCAAACAGGACAAGCCAAGCCCACGUAUGUCCCUCCUAAAGACCUGGGCAAAUACAGCCCCCAUCAGUCAUCCCAGCAGCAGCUUCCUGUGGACUCCAGAGGAGACAACAGGAUUCGGAGAAGUAUGAGGGACAGAGAAAGGAAGCCGGUCACCAGAACCCAGAGCGCCCCGCACCGACGGCCCAUGAAGCACACCAUGAAGAGGCAGACCAGCUCUGAGAACCUGCCCACAGCCGAGCACCAGCCAGAGGAAAGCAACACACCCAGUAUCACCUCACCACGACCUAAUGUCAUUAUCAAACACCCACCUGCACCAAUUCCCUGGAUCAAAGACCUGCAAAACAGAGAGUCUAGUGAGAUGAAGGCUGAAAAUGAACAGCUCAGUUUACUGGACCAGCACGCUCAAGAACUGUCAGAGCUUCGUCUGGGGAUAGAGCAGGUAACGGAGCGGGAGCUGGACAUGGCCAAACGCCUGGAAGACUUCAUCAUUCAGAGCCAGGACCAGAAUGCAAUGCUGCAGGCUGAAGUCAAUGAGCUGCGGGACCUCCUGGCAGUGAGAGAAGAGCAGCUGGCCAGUGCCACCUUCAGGCUGGGUGUGAUUGAGGAGGAGAGAGAGGAAGAUGAGAGGAAGCUGAGUGUUGCCAUAGCAGCAACUGAACGAAUGAAUGUGUUGGAGGAGCAGUUUGCCGUCCUGCUCAGGACCUUCAGCAGCUCAACGAGGCCCACAGCGGACAACAGAACAAACAGCAACAGGAAAAACCCCACAUCACAGCACCUGAACACAACCAAACAAAGAGCCACAGAUGUGUAA